CGUUCUCCACAACUGUCACUGGUGUUUUGGUUUUACGGUCUUCUUCAGCUAUGACAUGCUCUUGCUUCGGCGUAAGAUGAUGAGUCACAGCAAGAGACCUGGCAGCGAGUUUGUAAUCAAAAAUACCUCGAAGCCAGAAGAGGCUCCAAUCUCGAAGGUGAUGCAUUUUCAGAGGCACUAGAGACUGCAUGACAAGAUGGCAAGAUUGAAAAUUGGCGGUCAGAGUUGAUCAACCAAUGUUUAUUCUGCUGCGAGCGACUCUAUACGCCUGCAGGUUCUUGUCUCGGGACAGAGUUCCGCAUGGGACCGGCAGCUCGGAUACAGUAUGGAACUCCUCGACUCCACCAAACAGCUUUCUAGUGGGUUCUUUACAACUCCCACAACGUCACUUUCCUGUCUCUUCAAGUUCAAGAUGCUGCAGGCGACUUCUGUAUUGGGCAAUUAUAAUUCCCACCACGGUGGCCUCCUAUAUCUCUUGCUCACAUGAAUCCUUGGUAGCUUCUCAAUCUGCAACAGAACCAGUCGCUGUCAAAAGCGAUUAUGGAAACCAAUCAGCGGCUCUAAUGACAAUAUGUGCUGAUUCUGCAUCAUGCGGUACGAUCUGCAACUACCGACCCUUCGCUACAUCGCGUUCUCAUCUUUACAUAAUUCCCGUCGGUGCUGCGUCUUUUCAGACAGUGGCGCAGCAAAUCAAACAGCAGCCUCCCUGGUUUCACGAGGGGGUGUAUACAAAGAGACCAGGGGUUCUCAGAUGAUUGACCCCUCAAACUGAUUCAGCAUCAGGCGGCUCGUCGGGGUAGCUUACUUCUCAGUACUUGGUGAUGGUUAACCUGCCAUGUCAAGCUGCCCUUUUAAAUAUCAAUUUUGGGGCAUUUGGAAGCGAUAAUAAUGACUGCAUUCAUACUAUACCAGUGCUCAUUGUUCUGUUCUUUACAGCGAACACUUUCCGG